GGGGCAGCAUUAAAGAAAACAUUAGCCAAAUGCAUGCAGUCACACACAAACGCUAACACAGAACUGGCGUUUGAUGCAUCGCAAUAUUUCAUCGCAGCACAGACUUUGAAAUAUACGAGGAGACCCAAAUGCAACACAUAAAAAUUCCAGCACAAAUGUCGUUGCGCGGCUAUUACGUGUAGUAGUGCGUUUUCCAGGAGGUUCUGUACGUGGCAGCGACACCCUCUUUCACCCCUUGUCUGUCCGCUUCACCCUGGGCACAAACUAUUCACAUUGCACAGCGUGUCACCACUUUUCAACUUCCAGACGGUGAAGGUUAUUGAAUUAAACGAAAUGAAGAAGUUCCUGUUUCUUUUCUCUGGGGCUCUGCUAUGCUGCUGCUGCUGCUGGAUAACCCAAGCAGAGAUCUUCACCUCCAUAGGGCAAAUGACAGACCUCCUGUACACAGAGAAGGAGCUGGUCCACUCCCUGAGAGAGUACAUCAAGGCAGAGGAGUCCAAACUGGCUGAGGUGAAAAGCUGGGCCAAGAAGCUGGACGAUCAGACCAGAGUGUCCACGUCCGACCCUGAGGGCUACCUGGCUCACCCGGUGAACGCCUACAAGUUCAUGAAGAGACUCAACACAGAGUGGUCUCAGCUGGAGAGCCUGGUGCUGCAAAACCCUUCAGAUGGGUUCAUUUCUAAUAUGACAGCACACAGACAGUACUUCCCUGAUCAGGACGAUGAGACCGGUGCGGCCAAGGCACUGAUGCGUCUGCAGGACACGUACCGACUUGAUUCAGAGGCCUUUUCCAAAGGAAAGCUGCCAGGUAUGCACUCCAAUGCCAUGCUGUCAGUGGAUGACUGCUUCGACAUGGGCAAGACAGCUUAUAACGACGCAGACUAUUACCACGCUGUGCUGUGGUUGCAGCAGUCUUUGAAACAGCUGGACGCUGGCGAAGAAGUGGUGGUUUCCAAGGCAGACAUUUUGGACUACCUCAGCUAUUCCGUUUACCAAAUGGGAGACCUGCCUCGUGCAAUUGAGCUGACGCGCCGGCUGGUGGCCAUUGAUCCUAGCCACCAGAGGGCAGGAGGAAACCUGCGUUACUUUGAGAGGUUGCUGUUGAAAGAGCAGAACGAGGAGGAGGAGAAGAAGCCUGCCCAGCCUGCUUCAGAGGAGCCCAUCCAGCUGGGAACUUACAACAGACCAAAAGACCACCUGCCUGAGAGAGAAAUCUACGAGGCUCUCUGCAGAGGGGAGGGCAUCAAAAUGACUGAAGCAAAGCGCAGCCGUUUGUUCUGCCGCUACCAUGAUGGCAGGAGGAACCCUCGUUUGCUGCUAAAGCCCAUGAAGGAGGAGGACGAGUGGGACAGCCCCCAUAUUGUACGCUACCAGGAGGCCCUCUCCGACUAUGAAAUCGAGAAGAUUAAAGAAAUGGCCAAACCCCGGCUUGCCAGAGCAACUGUCCGUGACCCCAAAACAGGAAUGUUGACCACAGCCAACUACAGAGUAUCAAAAAGUGCAUGGUUAGAGGAAGAGGAUGGGCCGGUCAUUGCCAGAGUCAAUCAGAGAAUACAGGACAUCACAGGCCUAAGUGUUGACACAGCAGAGUUACUCCAGGUUGCUAACUAUGGAGUUGGAGGACAAUACGAGCCACAUUUUGACUUUUCAAGGCGUCCUUUUGACAGCAACCUCAAGGUCGAUGGAAAUAGACUUGCUACCUUCCUAAAUUACAAAGAUGAGCCUGAUGCUUUCAAAAGAUUAGGCACUGGAAAUCGCGUGGCCACUUUUUUGAACUAUAUGAGUGAUGUGGAGGCAGGAGGGGCUACAGUCUUCCCUGACUUUGGAGCUGUAAUCCGGCCCAAAAAGGGGACAGCCGUGUUCUGGUAUAACCUUUUCAAAAGUGGCGAAGGAGAUUACAGGACCAGACAUGCAGCCUGUCCUGUCUUAGUGGGAAGUAAAUGGGUGUCAAACAAGUGGAUUCACGAGCGAGGACAGGAAUUCAGGAGACCCUGCGGCCUAACAGAAGUGGAUUGAACCUUCACCCGCUCAACACACAAACACAGCUCCCAUACACUUUGCAGGUAUGCUCAACAAAAACAUAAAUGCAACACUUUAGUUUUUGUUCCCGUUUUUCAUGAGCUUAACUCAAAGACGUUAAACCUUUUUUCUACGUACACAAAAGGCCUAUUUAUCAUUAAAAAAUGUUUAAUUCUGUGCAAGUGAGCAUUCAUAAUUCAUCCACCUCACAGUUGUGGCAUAUCAAAUGGCUGAUUAGACGUUGCUUUAGGCUGGCCGCAAUAAAAGGCCAUUACAAAAGGUCAAUUUUAGCUGUCAAAAACAAAAGUGUUGUGUUUAUAUGUUUGUUGAGUUAUUCAGAUCAUCUUGUCAAGGUCUAAUUGGUAAUUGUGAGCCAGACUGUAAUAUUAAACAUCGCCAGUAUUGAGCUUGUGGUUAAAAUGUCUUUAGCGAGCCCGUCAGGACUGCCAGUGGACAACCAAAAAAAAUAUGUCAAAAAAAAAAUAACGAAAAAUGGGCUCAAAUGUUACUUGGAUGUUACAACCUGACAGGAAUAUCUUCUUUUUUUACCCACGAGAUACUUUAUUUAUACAGUGUUUAAAUUAUUACAUGACAUUCUGUGCUUUUUCUACCAGAUGGCCAUUAAAAGCAAGUCAAUAAAUGGUCUUUUAUUUUGAAACAAAACACCACUUUUUCCUGUUUUUAUGUCACACGAGUUUCUAACCUUUCCUGUUUCAACAUGCAUCUGAACACUUAAUGUGCUAAUGUGUCGUGCAGGAGGUAUCUUUUGAGAACGGCCUUGGACGGGCGUGUCUGAGGUGUUAUUCAACGUUGCCUUUAUCUCAGUUUAUUUGUGUAGUGGCAAUACAACAGACAAUAACAAUAGAAAAUGAAAGCAGGAUUUACAUUUGAAAGGCACAUGGUACGCUAUUCAUUUUGGAGGGGGGAGGGGGAACAGUAUUUGUAGCCCAAGGCCCAAGUGAAAUAACCCACAAUAUAUUUAAGGCAUUUUACUAUGAAGAAAUACAAAAUUCGAAAGGUACACAGCCCUGUACUUAUACAGUAUGUAGAACUAUAGAAUGUCAAAAUGAUCGCAGUAUUACAAAAAGAUGCACCAAAAAAUACAUAAUGCAUUUCUGUCAAUGCUUUACCCCACAAAAAUAAUACAAAAAGCAUGAUAGUAUGUUUAAAAAAAAAAAAAAAACACACAAACCUGACAUUAUAGAGUCUUAAAACAAGAAAUAAAA